AUGCUGGGCUCGAUGCUCCUGGCGUGGCUACUGCUUGAGCGUCGUCGUGCGCCCGAAGGGCUUGGUGACCUCGUCGAGCGCCAUGGGUCCAAAUGGCUCCUGGAGGUCAUGGCGGGAUGCAUGGACACGGUGACUGUCAUCAUGCGGGCGGUUGGCAUGGCAGUCGUCCUGUGUGCCGAGGAUGGGAUGCACGACUACACGGGGCUGGCGCUGAAGCACAUCACGACUGGUCAUCUCGUAGCACAGAUCGCCACGCUGGCUUUCUCUAACUAUGAAACGCCGCUCUGCACUCCAAGUAUCGAAGUUCUCCCUUUGGUCAAGGCAAUGCAGGAACGAAUCUCCUUAAUGGCGCCGACAGACUUUGAGGCCGUCCUUGCCUCGACGGUGCUGUGCUCGAGCUGUGCCACCAUGUUGUCCGGCUUCGCAAUGUAUGCAAUCGGUCUUUCGCAAGUGGGCACCGCUUUGCGCUUCAUUCCGUACUCGGUGGAGGUGUCCGUGCAGGCUAUGCUGGGCUUGGUCCUGUUGGGUCUGGGCAUUGAGGCAAGCUGUGGGGUCGACAUCUUGACCGACUUCGCAACCGAGCCGGAGGCGUUGGGAUCGCUUGUCAUCGACCCAUCUAUCCUCAUGCUGUGGAUGCCAUCCAUGCUUUCUGCCUUGGCCAUCUACUUCUUUACAAGAUAUGUGAAAGACUCGCCCUUCACGAUCGCUGUAUACACGUUCUCGGCAAUCGCUCUUUUCCAUGCGCUUCGAUUGUGUCUGGGUACCUCCUUGCAGGCCGCUCAAGACAGUCGGUGGCUUUAUCCUCAGACCGAGUAUUUCCCACUGUCGAAGCUUUACGCGCUCGCCGGGAAGGAUAUUGUUUGGUCCUCCGUGUUCUCCAACAUGCCGAAGAUCUUGCUGAGUGCUUUCAUCAUCUCCAUAGUGAACAUUGCCUGCCAGCUUGCUGUCACCGCCAGCCUACUUCCGCCAAAGGUGAUGGGUGCAUCCACGUUUGACUAUGAGAUGAUUACUCAAGGCCGAUCUCACAUCAUCGGUGGCCUUGCGCUGGGCUUUGCUUCGGACUUCGGGAAUGAUGAUACAUUGGUACACCGUAUGGUGGGAGGCCGCUUCCGAUUGAGUAUGUGGGCACAUGUUGUGACUACAGCCUUAUGUGUGCUUUGCGUGGACAUACCGAAGAACAGCCUACCAUACGUUCCACGUUUCGUGAACGGUACCAUAGUGCUGUUGGCCUCGGCGGAGCUUCUUGUAGCCGGCUUCGUGCAGGGCUAUGCGCUGCUGACGAGAACGGAAUUUGCAGUGGUUUGCAUUGCUGCGUUGGUGACCUUACUUUGCGGUGGUCAAGUUCAGGCUGGACUGUUUGCAGGCAUGUUUCUUGCCUUUGCAGACGCGAUUCGGAACUUCACCCGGGCAUUGGAGCAGCUGUCAAUAAAGAACGAAGGAGACGUGGCCGUUGUCGAGCUGCCAAACUACAUGUUCUUUGCGACAGCACCAGGCAUCGUUGCCACCAUCCGCCGUGCGCUUUCGGAGUCCAGCGAGGUCAUUCUCGACUGGGAGAAAGUGCGUGGACUAGACACGAAGGCCACCUUGGAAUUCGCGGAGCUGUGUGCCGAGGAGCAGGCCGAGGAAUCAAGGGGCAUCCUGACCUUCGCAGCGCUUGGGCCUUCCAUUCGGGCACAAUUGGUGGCGGCCCACGCGCUGCCUGUGCCCGAGGCAAGUUCUCGCAACCUGGAGAUGGCUGAGCUCCCAGCCCGGAGAUCCACGGCUCUGCCAGGAUCCUUGCGACGGCAGUCGCUCGCACCGACGGAGCACACAGACGCGAGAAGGAUGACGGGUGUAACCGCAUUGCGAAGGAGCAUCGUGCUGCCAACGGUCCCAGCAGGAUCCUGUCCCCGCGAAGCACGCAGCCUGGCAGAAGCCCUGGCGGAAGCAAAGCAAAGGCUGCCUACACCUGCCAGCAAGUGA